GAUAUUUGGUCAUGAUCACUGGGAACACCAGAGAUUCCCACAAGACCUUUCUAGAUCAUCUCACAAUAUCAUCAAAACUUCAUGAAGUCCGAGCCGUAAAUGAGAGUGAUGUCAUCUUUGCUUUUGUCCCAGUCGUGUCUCGAGCUGGUACUGACAUUCAGUCUGCAAUGGAAAUCAUUCCUAAGGAUAAGCCUGUCGUUCUCGUGAUACUCCACCACACCUUUGAUCCGGAUAUUGUUGUUCCAGACGUCAGAUCCUAUGUGAACAGGACGGAUGUGUUCGUUGUUGAUUGUGUCUUUCAUGAAGAUCAAGGGCUGUUAAGAUGCCUGCGCAACGAUGAUGCAAUCAAUGCUGUGAAGGAUCAUCUGAGAAGAAUGAAGUACCCAGAGGUGGAGCACACCUCUUACAUAAGGAUAGUCUUUGUUGCAGUUAUUGGUGCAGUUUCUGGUGCAGUUUUUGGAGCAGUUAUCAGUGCACUUGCUGUUGCACUUUGUGAUGAGUGUGAUAAUGAGCAUUGUAAUGCAGGUACUGUUUCUGGUAUUGGUGCUGGUAUUGGUGCUGGUUUUGGUGCUGCUAUUGGUGUGGUCAUUCUUAUUACCAGUAAAUAUUACAAAAACCUCCUGCAAUAAUCUUAAAUUCUUUUAAAUACUGAUUUAAUUCAUGAUUAAAAAGUUGAGCAUGCCUGAUGUUUCUCCCAGUUUAAUCCUGAAGCUCAUUUCUGACCAUUUCACAUAAGAUACCAGUUGAGGAGAAUUUACAAAGCUGAUCAAUCGAACUGCUCAGAUUCACCGCAUGCAUCCAGCAGUUUACUGUUCAUCAGGAUCUAAUAGAAUUUCUUAAUGCAUCUAAAUAUAUGAAGAAUUCUGUGUAAAGUGUA